AUAGAGAAGAUGGGCUACAGCUAGCUACACACCAUCAUGGAUGCUGCUUCGGAAUCCUCUAUCCAUCUGCCCAUCUUCUUCCACGGCAAGGUCGCUAUAAAAUAGGCGAGGAUCCAGAAGCUCCAUGUAAACCCCAUGGUCCAUGGAUGCAGCGGAACAGUGAUCGGCAGCGCAGUAACUGUUUCAAGAAAGCCUGGAGGAGGAGAAGAGAGAUGGCGAGGCUCCCCGCGAUGCGCCUGGCGGUGGUCGCCCUGGCCUUGUGCUGCUGCCUGAUCCAUGCUGCUGCUGACACUGCGUUUCCUCCUGGAUUGAAGGUCGCGCAGGAUGCCAGAGCGGCUCCGCCUUCGUGCGGCGCAGACGGUCAGGUGGCCGCCGUGGCGGGAGAAGCGGAGGCCGCCGGCGCCGGCGGGAGGAUGGAUCUGGAGCUGGAGGACUACCCGGGCUCCGGCGCCAACGACCGGCACUCGCCGUGGGGCCAGCAGCGGAGGAACCGACGAUGAGCUCUUCGCGUCCGCGUGCAGAGGAACGGACCAGACAGAAUCCAAGCAUCUUGUUCAGAGUUUCAGAGAUGACGCACUGUAUACGACCACCGUACCUGUACCGUAAAGCUUUUACACGUUAAUCCAUAUAUGUACGUCACCGAUCAGGUGUUCGAGAGAGACUUAUCAUCAACGAGUAGUCAGCUGUGUUUCGAUUUGGUUUUUCUUUCUUCUUAACACAAAGAUACGAAGUUCUUCUA